AUGCAGUUUCAAGCUACACCGCAACCUUAUCUCCGCGAGCACACGACUUAUUCCCAUCUCAAUAUUCCCGUGGGACCAUGUUCUCUGAAUACAGUUACAGUAAAACCUAACAAAUUUCCAGAUGCAUCCCGCUUCCUAGCUCAGUCUCAGUCACGACUCACCACACGCCCGGAAGAGAACCGUACGAAUGAGCGUGAUCGGAGGCCGAACUUCAACUUCCCCAGAUAUAACAAUGUCUCACGUUCCUACCUAAGCCGAAAUGGACAUCCGUACCAGUCCGGUUCUUCUCAGUUACCGCAUCUUCCCUUCGCAUCAAGACCCUCCACACAACCCGCACCUCUCUUCUUCAGCGCCACGGACGAGUUUCUGGAAGACGACGAACAUGAGCGUGAGCGUGAGAUAGCAGACUACUAUGCUUUGCAGAGGUCGCGCCGGAAUUUUGGAAAUAUACCUUUAGAAGAAUCCUCCGAGCUUGACGAUGAUAAUGAAUCUCAACCCUUCCAGAGCAGGAGUGGGAAAGACGGGCCGUAUGCGCAAAAGGGUAUCAAGAGCUCAUGGAGAGAUGACAAGCUACUACAUUCUCAAAGGCGAACACGAAAUGUCUCACCGUCGACUUCGGAUCUGAACGAGCGGGACGAAGACGAUGAGAGUCAUGGAGGUCCGUUCGGAAAGGGGAAGAUGGUGGAUGUUGGACUUGAUAAUCCGACAAGCUCUACAGCUUCGUUCACCAGUACUUCCAACGCUGCGGAUGAUGAUAAUGCCCCAAUACAAAAAUUCCGCAGGCAACCCCAAGCUGACAGUGACUAUAUAGAAGGUCCCAGCGAUUCGAUAACUCGAGAUGGUGAUAAGCUAGGUUUACUGCAGCAAGAACGCCCAACCAGUUCAGGCGCUUCGUCCUUUCACAAUACCAUGGACCAAACACCGGCAUCGGAACGCCCUACUCACGAUGCAUUCUGGGGUCAUCUUUUCAUUAUAUGUCUAAUCGGCUUAUUCGCAACGGCAUUCCUCGUAUGGCUGCACACGGCACCUCCGUCAGAUGGUAGAUGGAAAUUGGUGGACACAAUUUAUACUACGAUCCACAAAUCCUACUUCCUACUCGGUAUCUACACACUUGUCUCCAUCCUCGUGUCCCUUCUAUGGCUCGCACUCUUGCGAUCUUAUAUACGAUUCCUUGUCCAUGGAAUGAUCAUCGCUGUCCCGGUGAUUCUAUACUCCUUUUCAUUAUAUCCAUUCAUCUCCAGUUUCCGUGGUUCCUGGCACGGCAAAACUUUCCAGGAUCAUGUCAUGCGGUGGGGAUCGAUUAUCCCCUUUGUUAUGUCCACACUCUGGAUAUAUGCCAUUGUGCGAAAUCGGCAUUCCACUGGGAAAGCCAUCAGCAUACUGGAGUUUGCAUGUCGAGUACUGGCUUCGAAUCCAGCUCUUCUCGUCCUCGGACUGGUUAUCCUCGUCGUAACCGUUUCGUGGACUUGGCUGUGGAUGAUUAUGUUUACGCGAAUUUUUCUUGGUGGAUCAAUCCGCUCAGACAACUCCUUUGUCAUAAGCUUCAGUAGCUGGUGGCUCGGAGCUUACUUCAUCAUAGUCUAUCUAUGGUCUCUUGGUGUCAUUGCAGGCAUUCAACGGGCUGUGACAGCAGCUACGGUGAGCCAAUGGUACUUUCAUCGUUUGACCCUUCCAGCACCUACAUCUGCACAGAUUGUGAAAGCUGCAAUGUCACAUGCUCUGACUACCCUCUUCGGAUCGAUAUCAUUAUUCUCUCUCAUAGUUUUACUCCUCAAACUUCCUCUCUUGGUUUUGCAUAGACGCAUUGCUUCAGUCAUUGCGUUAUUUGCUUAUUCCCUUAUCCCUUCCCCUAUCGCAGCUCUGGUCAACCCUCUGACUCUGACCUACGCUGCAAUUCACUCCCAGCCUCUUGCACAAUCAGCCCGUGGGUUCACACAAAUGGCAGUAUUCUCGACAUUCAGCACAUCGGGCGGCUUAUACGCUCCAUCAUCAAUACCCCGUGGCGGAUCCAAUGGCAAUUCCCUUCUUUCCUACCGACUUUCCAAAAUGAUACUUCACGCCUGUCGAUUCGCAAUGUCACUAGCCCUCGGAUUCGGCGGCUGGGUCACGGCAGCCCGCAAUCUCGACGUAACCGGCAGCAACAGCACCAUCCGCGGCAGUUUGUACGCCUACAUCAUCGGUCUGAUUGCAGGCACAAUCGGCUGGGGCGUUUUGGGAUCAAUGGAGAAUGUGCUAGCAUGCGUCGUGGAUUCUGCACUGGUCUGCUGGGCAAGCGAAGUAGGUAAUUCGGGACGUGAGGCUACGUAUUGUCGUGAGGCAGAGUGGCUGUUUAGAGAUGAUAUCUUUACCGCUAUUUCGGGUGAGAAUCGAUGGAAUAGGGUUUGAGCUAUCAUUAACGUAUUACCGACAAAUUUCUAUUUUUUCUUUUUUAUUUCAUUUCAUAGUUGGAGUCUCCUAGAUAAAAUGGUCCAUUUGCAUGCAUGUACGAAGAUGGACGGAGAAUAAUAAGGUCAAAUCAGAUUAUUUAUUAUCAGCCAUGUCAUCUCGAUGAAAUUG